UCGCUACAAACAUCCACCCGGUCAGCCAAACAUCAGGAAGCCGAAGUCAAAUCAGAAGUCCGUUGGUGAUUUCGUUCGUCUCGUUUUGUAAAUGCUGUUUAUUUUCUGAUUUUGUUUCUUAUUACUGACUUUUCUUUGAGAAAAGUGGCUUAUAUUUUGUGCCGAAGUGUACCGAGUAGAAAAAAAGUAUAAAGAUAUAUUUUCAGUGCGAAUUGAGGUGAAAUUUUGUGUUUUCGUUAGAGAAGGCGAAACAACGACCGUUGGUAAAUUCACUGCUUGGGUUUAUGAGGGAAAAUGGAUCCCUUCACGCAGAAUAUAUUGGAACGGGCGGAGAAACGUGCCGCCGCACUAGGAAUAACCAACACUUCCAAGUUUCCGUUGUCGGAAUUUAACUACGACGUCUCCGGUUCCGGGUCAUCAGGUCCUGCUGCUCCUCCAAAAUCACCAGGAAAGAAGAGCGCUGCUAUUGGUGGUACUGGAACAUACACCAAAACCCCGAAGAAACGUUAUUCGCCAGCAGCAACAGGGGAGAAAAGCCCUGGUCGUCCGAAAGAAACCGUCAAUGUAACGAGGAAGCAAAGUUCCGGAUCUGGGAAGGAUGUAGAUGUGGCGGUGGAAAUCAAUAUUACUACAGGCUCGAACGUUCAGGUUGAAGUGGAAGUUGCGGAAUGCGAAAUGGAUGCAACAGGAAAAGUCAUUAGAAGAACUGAAGACAAAUCAAAUGAAUCUGAUGUGAAGGGAUUGAUACGUGACUCAUCUCGCAAUCAAUUGCAGCGCUUAGGAACGUUAUAUUCUGAAACCCAGGAUCUAUCAUCUCCGGUGCACCGCACCGAAGGGAAGUUCCAUGAGGAAAAUAUGUCAGGCAAAGAGAACUUAAAACCGAAACAGAAGUUAGCCAAGCUUGCGAUGCUUGCAGAUACGAUUAAUAAUUGGGAGGAUGAUACUUCUCACCCGGAUAUUCGCUAUCACCGUGAAACCAUUAGCGCAUCAAAGAAAGAUAAAAGUCCAGUCAGGCAAGAGAAGAGUCCUAAACGUAAGGAAGACAGUCCCAAAAGAGCUACAACAACGCCAAGAAAAUAUCCAGCACCGAACCCUCCCAAAUCGAUCCUCAGUCCAGCGAAGACGUCUGAAACAGAUGGCGUAAAAGCUGGUACCAAAACCCUGAAGUGGGAUCAAAAAGUUAUGGACGCUCUGGAGCUUCAAGGUUUCCAAAGGCGUGAGUCAACCACCUCAAAGUUGGUGUACGAUUAUAAAGACCGUCCAAAACAUGAGAAGCAGGAAACAGAAUUAAAUGAAAAAGCUUUGGUCAAAGUGACAAAGUCACGAGCACCAGAAGUACCAGGGCCUUCCAGAGAACGUCAAAUCACUGCAACGCAACCAUCGAAGCCGUUGACGAAAAAACCUGAAAUAAGCAAAGGGCUCGUCUCGGGGCGAACAGCAAUGUUCGAAAGCUCCAAACCACGUCACUCUAUUCUUAGAAACCAGAAAGACCCUGCGGAAAUGUCCCUCAAAGAGCGUUUAGCCAUAUUCGAGAAAAACAAAGGUCAAGCCUUGGUUCCCAAAGCUGCUUUCGGAAUUUCUCCUUCCAUUCGUCAAAUAUCCGGCGAUAACUCAUAUGCCCCCAAACCAUCAUCAUCCUGUUUACCGAUCCAAGGUGCUGGGUUUGGUAUAGUCAGCAAAGAACCAGUCAUCCAUCAGAAGCAGAAAGUUGACAACUAUAAUAAGCCCCAAUUGACGGACUCAAAUGCGACCGGCUCUGCAAUCAAGAGCACCCUAGCGGCACUAAUGUCCAACAACAGCACCAUUUCGGAAUCGCAAAUUGCGGAAGAAACUCGUCGCCAGCGGCAGCAGGAAAUGGAGAUGCUGCUCAACCGAUUCUCGAAACCAACAGACAUGUCAUCGGACGGUGCUGAGGACAAGCCGAUUCCGUGUGCCCCACCUAUGCCCCCGGAGGGCUAUCUUACCCUGAGCGGGAAGAAGUCCACCAAUCGUGAUUCGGCCGGCAGCAAGAGGCGUAGCGGCGAGGAGCACGAUAGUCCGGAAGUUCGGUCCACCUUGGACGAUGUCAAACGGAUCCGCGUGGUGGCCCCGAAAGAUGGCCGUCUGUAUCCGACGUUGAGUGAUCUGGAGAGCGCUACGACGACCGAGUCCGAAGAUGGGGAGGGUUAUGUUACGGCUAGCCUGCUCGGGGAUGACGGUGAAAGGAACAACAGUCGUUACCAGGACUGUUACGGAGAGGAGGAGCAAGAGUACGAAGACGAGGAGGAACAUCCAGCGGACGACGAUGAGGACAGCUAUAUGUACUCCGAUGACGAUCACUCUGAUCCGGACACUAACAUGGGCGAUGUUAGUCUCGGUCACGAAAUAAUGCAGGCCGUUAAGCUGCAAGAUCGCCGUAUCAGUCACGGUGGAAGACGGCAAAGCCAAGACAAGAGGAUUAAUCCUGACAACGGUAAGCGCCAAUCCGGGUUCAGUCAGAACAGCUCGACGAGCGAAAUCUCUGCCGUUCUUGACGAUAUGGACCAAUACCUGGAGGAAGCACUGGACGAUGAUGAAGAAGGAGAUUUCGACACACCUAGGAAAUCGUCGAUGUCUUCCAACAGCUUCUCCUACCAGAAGAAUCCCCAUCCGAAUCAAUGUCACACAAUCAAUGAAGAAGAAACGGAAGAGAAGACAGACCCUCAAAAACCAUCCCCUACGCCCAAACAGAAGCAAAUGGUUAACGAAGAAUUUGGCAGCCCCGUUAAAUCCGAACUGAAGAUCAACCCAUCGGAUGACAAUAAUAUGGUCACUCUGGUGCACACUGUUAGCUUCUACCGGCGCCAGCAAUGUUCGAACAACCCAACUCCCGUCAAGAAAAUUCUCCGCACACCAGUACGAGCACGACCUAGUGUGGAUUCCACUACGGAAGAUUCGGACGAUUGCAAUUCCAGCAAUACGGCUACGGACAACGAAAACGAAUACCUGGUGCAGGAAAAAGUGAAGAAGCUUCUGGAUGAAGUUUGCAAACAGCAAACGAUUAUAUCGCAAACAAGCCAAGCAUUGAAUCUGUGUGCAGCUACGAUCGAAUUUUCCGGCUCCACCGAAUCCGUCGAAGGUGAACGUCACCUUUUGGUUGCAACUCAUCGCCGGCAAGCGAUCCUCGACGAGGUUCAACGACUACGGGUGGAAGGAUGCAUCAGGCCACCUGGAGCCCCGACCGAAAAAGGACGUCUAACGGUCAAAGAAAUUACAAUACCGCUGAAGCAGGACUAUAUUAGGAAACUUGCUUCCGAUGCCAUCAGCGGGCACCAUUUAGUUUGUCUGCUCAAGUACAACGACACGGUUCUGGCUACCCAAUCGGUACCAACGCUGCCAGGUCUGCUCUCGGUUCGAUUCCCCGAUGUGCUCCAAUUGAACAAUGUCUUCGCUGAUUUUAAGAUAACAAUGGAGAUUUAUGGAAUGACCGCCCAGAGAGAAGUUCUUCCGCAUGAGAUCAAAUACCACAUCGCUAUGAACAAAAAGGGAUCGAGCAAACUGCACACACCGAAGGGAGUGAAAAGCAACUCGCGCCUUAUCAUGCCACCAGUUCAAUCGCCAGCUGGACCCCAAGCGGUUCGCACUCCCGCACUCGUUCAAUAUGGCUUCAUUAUCUUUUCUUUGAGAGAAAUUCAACGCACGAACUGGACGCUGAAUCCGGUGGCCGGUGUUAGUCCCCUGGAGGGAACCGUACACAUGAAGGUGAACUGCGAGCUGACAGUCACCGUCGACUAUCGAGGUUUUCUCACCAUGUUUGAAGAUAUAUCCGGAUUUGGCGCAUGGCAUCGACGGUGGUGUCGCCUGUACGGCCACGUGAUUAGCUACUGGAAGUAUCCGGACGAUGAGAAGCGGAAAGCUCCUAUUGGGAGCAUUGAUUUGCAGCACUGCUGCACUCAGAAAGUGUCAGUUGCACCACGAGAUGUGUGCGCUCGAUUGAAUACAUUGUUGCUGGAAUUCCGAAGACCAGCCCAGCCCGAUGAUGUCGAAUCAUUAGUUUUGGUUCGACAGGGAAACACUACGAUCCAUCGGCAUUUACUGUCAGCCGACUCGAAGGAAGAACGAGAAGAGUGGACCGCGCAUUUGAAUAAAACAUUAGCUCUCUUAAAAGCAUGGGGUCAACCGAAUAAUCGAACUACAAGUUGCUGAUUGACGGGACCAUAAGGGUGAGUGUUGUACAGUCAUUGAUUAAGUAUUAUAUAUCCUUACUGAUCAGAUUAGUUUAUAGUUUUAAGUUUUGCCAUGCAUCAGUGCUUAUACGCAAAAGCGAUACAUUUUUUUGUCAUACUAUUAGAAGUAUGUGUCUUUCAACCGAGUGUUAUUAGACCAAAAAACAAAAUUCGAAAUUCUUAUUACGUAAACAUCCACCAACGUUAUGUAGCUUGUAGGAUAUUACGACUAUUGAAACAACUUAUUGGCAAUUGAAUACAUUUGUUUUUUUUAACUAUUUAAAUAUACUAUCAAUAUUGAUAAAAGAGAUUUUCAGCCAGUGGCUAGCAAGUCUCGAAGAUCCAUUGGAAAAUGAAUAUAUGUAUUUUAUUUUAUCUA